AUGAGGUAACUCUGCAUAUUUCCUUUUCAGCAACGAAAACCGAAAAAGGUUUUGGCUGAGUUACUCAACUCGGGUUAAUUUGAUAAUCUUUAAACUUGACCAUGGACGACGAAGCUCCUGUUAUUUAUGGUUUGGAAUUCCAGGCUAGAUCUUUAGCAGCUCAAGUAGCAGAAACUGAUCAUAUUAGAUUUUUAGUUGGUACACAAUCACUGCGGGCAGAAAAUCAGGUUCACCACAUAGAUUUUGAUGAUGAGAAUAAUUUGAUAAACAAAAACCUAUAUUUACAUAGAGAAGGAGAAAUAUGGCACAUGAGUGCUUCAACAUUUGAUAAAUCUCUUGUAACUACAUGUUAUAACAAAACAAGCGAUUCCAAAUCAGAAAUCUGUGGAGCUGUAUGGAAAUUACCAGGUGAUUUUGAUGAUGCAGUGCAUGAUGAUCAAACUACAUCACAUCAACCACUUGAACUUGUUUGUCAUUUAAAUAAAGAUGAUUGUGGUGAUUUAAAGAGUGUUUUGUGGCAGCCAACAGGUGAAUCUCAUAAUCUGGUUGGCUUGACAGAUAGUCACAUAUUACAGUGGAGUUUAGAUACAGAAUCAUUAUCAGCCAAAACUAUUAAUACAACACCUAUAGCAGGUAAAGCCCAACCGAAAUUAACAUGUGGUCGAUGGAAUCCUCAUCAUAAUUGUGCUCAGAUUGCUACAGCUAAUGACACAACAAUACGAGGCUGGGAUCUUAGAUCUAUGGAGCAAGUGUAUACAAUAGAAAAUGCACAUGGACAGUUAGUAAGAGAUAUAGAUUUUAAUCCUAAUAAACAAUAUUACCUGGUUAGUUGUGGUGAUGAUUGUCGAGUUCGUUUCUGGGAUACAAGAAAUGUCAGUGAGCCUUUAAAAGUUUUAUCUGAACAUUCUCAUUGGGUAUGGGCAGUUCGCUAUAAUCAUUUUCAUGAUCAAUUAGUUCUAACAUCUAGUAGUGAUAGUCGAGUUAUUCUCAAUAAUAUUAUCUCUCUUUCCUCGGAACCCUAUGGGGACCUGGCAGAAAGAGAUGAUGAAAGUGAUGAUGAUGAUGACAGCUAUACAGAAGGACCAGUUGAAGCACCUACCGAUGGAGUGAUAGCCACAUAUGAGGAACAUGAAGACAGUGUUUAUGCAGUAGCCUGGUCAACAGCAGAUCCGUGGGUGUUUGCUUCGUUAAGUUAUGAUGGACGUUUAGUAGUAAACCGAGUACCUAGAGCAGAAAAAUAUAAAAUAUUAUUAUGAAACAAAUUUCAUCAUAUCUUAAUUUAUUAGAAGAAUGUGAUAUGGAAAGACUGAUUAUUUUAAUUUAGUGAUGGGGACAAAAGAUAUUUGCAUUAAAAUUAUUACAAGUACUUUUAACUGACAUUCCUUAUACAUCAGCUAGUUGUAUUGUAGGAUAUAAAAUUCUAAAUCAGCAAGUUGUGCAAUAAAAUAUAAAUCUUAACUGAAAUGUUGCAUGUAUAUAAAUUAUAUAUAUAUAUAUUAUGUAUUUCACAAAAAGUAAUAGAAAUGGAGUUAAUCAUAUGAGGACUGAAUUAAUGCAAAUUAAUGGCUGUGUUACCCAAUAGUUUUCGGUACAUCAUUAACAUGUUUUCUACUUUACCGAUUUCUGUGAUUGGUCUAAAUUGCUUGACACAUUCCAUUCUUGGAGACCAUUCGAUAUGUCCAGUCAACAAAUAUUCGUAUUGGUCUUGUUUGCCUUAAAUUUCAACAAAAAGCAAAACAUUUUUGUAUGGAAAUCUAAUCAGUAUUUUGCUAACGGUCACUGGGUACAGAAAUGGCUGCACUGUUGCACCCAUAUGGACUUUCGCCAUUUUGUGACCACUUCAUGUUUGGGUCAAUCAUGUGACAUCAACGUCAGUCUCUUUUGAACAAAUGUUGGUCAUUUGCGUUGUCUGCGUUGGGUUUAAAUGAUCAGAUCAUGGGUUCAUUAUAGGAGUUUUUAUUAGUCACAUCUUGUUCUAGAUUUUGUAUGAUUGAUGACAUAUUAAAUAAAUGAAAAUCCUGAAUAUAAUUCAGUUUAAUAAAAUAAUAAUAAUAACAAACCAACAGUGAGGCUGAUGUCCUACGCCGAAAUCCCAAAAUGACACAUAUUAAUUAAUCGCACAUUUAUUUUUUUCAAAAGUAACAAGCAAUCAAACUGAUUAUCAACUAUACACUAGGUUUCAUCACUCUCUAUCAGACAGAAUCAAAGUUAUCUUGUCCCAAAGCAUCGACCAAUGAAAUUGCUUAGCUCUAGCUUGAAAUGUUAAUCAUUGACCUCAGUCAAGACAUUCACCUAAUGAACAUCUACAUCAAGUUUAAACAUUCUACCUCAAUUAAAAGCAGGGUUGUUAGGUUCCAAAGUCUUGAACAUUCAAAUUGCUUAUCGCUCCUUAGCCUAAGCAGAAAAUUCUUAUCAUCGAAUUUCGUCACACCAAAGUU